GGACGAGCGCGGCGCUCCGCCCGCUCGCCGGUCCGCCCCCUCCGGUCUUCGCCCGCGGGGGCUCGGGAUGAGCUGCGGGCCGCAGCUGAGCGGCUCCCGCUCCUGGCGCCUGUCGCUGCCGCCGUCUCCUCCCAAGAGCGGCCGCCGCCCGUGAGGGAAAGAGGGAGGGAAGCAGCCGCUGACCCCGGGCAUGAGCCGGACGCGACAUCCGUUGCUGGAUUAAGGCGCCGACAUGAACCUGCACCAGGUGCUGACCGGGGCUGUGAACCCCGGCGACCACUGCUUCUCCGUGGGCAGCGUUGGCGACCAGCGCUUCACGGCUUAUGCAUCUGGAUGUGACAUUGUUAUACUGGGAAGUGAUUUUGAAAGACUGCAAAUAAUCCCAGGAGCUAAACAUGGAAAUAUUCAAGUAGGAUGUGUAGAUUGUUCAAUGCAACAAGGCAAGAUUGCAGCAUCCUAUGGAAAUGUUAUGUCUGUUUUUGAACCAGUUAACCUACCGAAGCAAAAGAAAAAUAUGGAAUUAUAUAGUCAGUGGCAGAAAAGUGGCCAAUUUUUUCUGGACUCAAUAGCACACAAUAUAACUUGGGAUCCUGCAGGCAAUCGUCUUUUAACUGGUUCUAGCUGUUUGCAACUGUGGUCCAACGCUAACUUGGAGAAAUCAGCUGAAGAUGAAAAUCCAGAUAAAACAGAUCUUAACUUUGGGGAUUGGAGAUGCAUUUGGCAUUGCAAAACUGCUUCCCAAGUUCAUUUAAUGAAGUUUUCACCAGAUGGAGAAUUUUUUGCCACUGCUGGGAAGGAUGACUGUCUUUUAAAGGUAUGGUAUAAUGUAGAAAACUGGCGGACAUCUGUUACCUCUCCAGAUAAAAGUUCAGAAAAACAAUCCCAAGGAGAAAUUGACUUUUCUUUUGUAUAUCUGGCCCAUCCUCGAGCAGUAAAUGGAUUUUCCUGGCGUAAAACAAGCAAAUAUAUGCCUAGGGCUUCUGUAUGUAAUGUAUUGUUGACUUGCUGCAAAGAUAACAUAUGUCGUCUUUGGGUAGAGACAUUUUUACCAAAUGAUUGUUUGCUCUAUGGAGGUGACUGCAACCAUUGGACUGAACCAAUUAAUUUAACAAAUAACUUCAAGAGAAAUGCUUCCAGUAAAGAACGAGUUCAAAAUGCUUUAGAUGUAAAUCUGAAACAUUUUCGUAGAGGUCGGAGGAGAUCGCUUGCACUUGUAGCACAUACUGGAUACCUGCCACAUCAGCAAGAUCCUCAUCACGUUCACAGGAACACUCCACUGCAUGCCAAUGCACUUUGCCACUUUCAUAUUGCAGCCAGCAUCAACCCAGCCACGGAUAUUCCACUUCUUCCUUCUAUUACGUCUCUGAGUCUAAGUGAAAAUGAAGAGAAGAGUGGACCUUUUGUGGUACACUGGCUAAACAAUAAAGAAUUGCAUUUUUCUUUGUCCAUGGAAGUCUUUUUACAACAACUUAGAAAAAGUUUUGAGCAACCAUCUUCUGAGAUGAGUGUAGAAGACUCUAAUCAGGCAGAUGUAAAAUCUGAUGAAGAGAUCGAUGACGGUGUUGAUGAUCUGAAGAUAAAUCUUGAAAAGAAGGAAUUGGGCAGUGAUAAAUUAGUACCAAAUUCAAGUUCUGUACCAUUACCAUCAGCUGCCAUUGAUCAUCAGAUUGAAGUACUUCUGUCUGAAUGGAGUAAAAAUGCAGACAUGCUAUUCAGUAUUCAUCCCAUGGAUGGUUCUUUGCUGGUCUGGCAUGUGGAUUGGCUGGAUGAAUACCAGCCUGGUAUGUUUCGUCAAGUACAGGUGUCCUUUGUUUCCAGAAUUCCUGUAGCUUUCCCCACAGGUGAUGCAAACUCUCUCUGUAAAAGCAUAGUGAUGUAUGCCUGUACCAAGAAUGUUGACUUGGCUAUUCAGCAAGGGAAACAAAAAACUUCCAGCCUGACACGUUCCACGUCAAUGCUUAUAUCUUCUGGUCACAGUAAAUCAACUAAUAGUUUAAAAUUAAGCAUUUUUACCCCUAAUGUUAUGAUGAUUUCAAAGCAUGCUGAUGGCUCCCUGAAUCAAUGGCUUGUCAGUUUUGCCGAGGAAUCUGCCUUUUCUACAGUUCUCAGUAUUUCCCACAAAUCCAGAUAUUGUGGUCAUCGCUUUCAUCUUAAUGAUUUAGCUUGUCACUCAGUAUUACCAUUACUGCUGACAACGUCACACCAUAAUGCAUUAAGGACACCAGAUGUUGAUAACCAAAAGGAACCUUAUGGUGCUGUAAAUAUUGAAGAAUGUUCUUUGGCACAACAGAAUAAAAGCACUAUUGACAUGGCCUUUCAGGAUCCCAAUGCAGUUUACAGUGAGCUUAUUCUUUGGAGAGUUGAUCCAGUUGGGCCAUUGUCUUUUUCUGGAGGUGUUUCUGAGCUUGCCCGGAUUAAUUCUCUUCAUGUUUCUGCAUUUUCCAAUGUGGCAUGGCUGCCCACUCUUAUACCCAGUUAUUGUUUAGGUGCAUACUGCAACUCUCCUAGUGCAUGCUUUGUAGCAAGUGAUGGACAAUAUCUGAGAUUAUAUGAAGCAGUUAUUGAUGCCAAGAAACUUCUAUAUGAGCUUUCCAAUCCUGAAAUUUCUAAAUAUGUUGGUGAAGUGUUUAACAUCGUAAGUCAACAGUCAACAGCCAGGCCAGGAUGCAUUAUUGCAUUAGAUCCCAUUACCAAACUUCAAGGCAGAAAAACCCAGCUGCUUCAUGUUUUUCAAGAAGACUUCAUUUUGAAUAACCUUGAGAAGAAAAGACUAGGAAAAGACAGAAUGUUAUCUGAUGCAGGCAGCUCACCUAAUGGAUUUUCGGAAAAAUUCUAUCUAAUUGUAAUAGAGUGCACCCAAGACAACCGUUCAUUGUUACAUAUGUGGAAUUUGCAUUUGAAGUCCAUUCCUGUCUCAUUGGAUGAAAAAGUAGAUACAAAAAUAUCUGAAGCAGUUUGGCAGCCAGAAGAACAUUAUUCUUCUUCUCCAGAGAAGAUCUUAUCCCCCUUUUCACAGAAGUAUCAGGCUUGCAGAGCAAAUCUCCAGAGUACCAGCAAGUUGACUCUGUCUUCAGAAAUGGUUUAUAGCCAAGAGUUGCAUUUACCAGAAGGAGUUGAGAUAAUAAGUGUUAAGCCAUCAGCAGGACAUCUGAGUUCUUCUUCCAUAUAUCCCAUAUGCAGUGCUCCUUAUUUAUUGGCAACUUCAUGCUCAGAUGAGAAAGUAAGAUUCUGGAGAUGUAGAGUAACAGAUGGAGAAUCUGCCACUUCAAAGAAUGGAGAAAUGGAUCUUAUAUACAUUUGGGAAGAAUGGCCAUUACUUAUUGAAGAUGGACUGCAGAGCAAUAGUAGUAUAACUGUACCUGGUAGGCCUAUAGAAGUCAGCUGUGCACACACAAAUCGUUUAGCAGUAGCAUAUAAGCAGCCUACGUCUAAUAGUAGCUGUUCUCAGGACUUUGUGAUGCAUGUAAGUAUUUUUGAGUGCGAGUCUACAGGAGGUUCGUGCUGGGUCCUUGAACAGACAGUUCAUUUAGAUGAGUUAAAUACAGUGUUGGAUUCUGGCAUUAGUAUUGAUAGCAAUUUAGUGGCCUAUAAUAAACAAGAGGUAUAUUUAUCCAGUAAAGAGAGUGUCACAUCAAGCACAAAGCGUUUAGUUCACUUAGAUUGGAUGUCUAGAGAAGAUGGUUCUCAUAUUCUGACUGUAGGAAUUGGAUCAAAACUUUUUAUGUAUGGACCCCUGGCUGGCAAGGUACAAGAACAGACGGGUAAGGAAAGCCUGGCAUUUCCUCUCUGGGAAAGUACUAAAGUUGUGCCUCUUUCUAAAUUUGUACUGUUACGAAGUGUGGACUUGGUUUCUUCUGUAGAAGGCUCUCCACCUUUUCCUGUUUCUUUAUCAUGGGUCCGGGAUGGCAUCCUGGUGGUAGGAAUGGAUUGUGAAAUGCAUGUAUAUUCCCAAUGGCAGCCAUCUUCUAAACAAGAACCUGUUACAACAGAUUCAUACAAUGGGAGUACUCCAUCUUUAAUAAGUUUAAUAAAACAGAGUAACUCAUCAAGUUCUGGAUUACAUCCACCAAAGAAAACCCUGACUCGAUCCAUGACCAGUCUUGCACAGAAAAUCUGUGGAAAGAAAACUGCUCUUGAUCCUUCUGUGGGUAUGGAAGAUUCAGGUCUUUUUGAAGCAGCUCAUGUUCUUUCCCCAACUUUACCUCAGUACCAUCCUUUGCAGCUUUUGGAACUCAUGGAUCUUGGCAAAGUUCGGAGAGCAAAGGCCAUCUUGUCACAUCUUGUCAAGUGCAUUGCUGGGGAAGUUGUGGCUCUGAAUGAAGCUGAAUCUAAUCAUGAGCGCCGCUUUAGGUCUCUCACCAUCAGUGCUAGUGGAAGUACUACUCGAGACCCCCAGGCAUUCAACAAGAGUGAAAAUACAGAUUACACAGAAAUCGAUUCUGUCCCUCCACUUCCUUUAUAUGCCUUACUUGCAGCAGAUGAUGAUAGCUAUUACUCAUCCUUGGAGAAAUCUAGUAGUCAGAGUACCUUAAAUAACUCAAACCAGUUGUCAAAAGAAAGUUAUGAUGAGCUUUUUCAGAUGCCAGCUUUAAUGACUGAUAGUCAUGUGUUAAAGACAGAUGAAGAAAAUACAAAGCCCAGGGUUAUUGACCUUUCACAAUACAGUCCAACUUACUUUGGUCCUGAGCAUGCUCAGGUUCUUUCUGGCCACUUACUUCAUUCUAGUUUACCAGGACUCAGCCGGAUGGAGCAGAUGUCUUUGAUGGCUUUAGCAGAUACAAUUGCAACUACCAGCACUGAUAUUGGAGAAAGCAGAGACAGAAGCCAAGGUGGAGAAACUCUUGAUGAAUGUGGCUUAAAAUUUCUUUUGGCUGUUCGACUUCAUACUUUUCUUACAACUUCUCUUCCAGCUUAUCGAGCUCAACUCCUUCACCAAGGCCUGUCUAGUAGUCAUUUUGCCUGGGCCUUUCAUUCAGUAGCAGAAGAAGAACUGCUGAACAUGUUGCCAGCAAUGCAGAAAGAUGAUCCCACAUGGUCUGAACUUAGAGCUAUGGGUGUGGGGUGGUGGGUCCGGAAUACCCGCAUCUUACGCAAAUGCAUAGAAAAGGUAGCCAAAGCAGCCUUUUAUAAAAAGAAUGAUCCUUUAGAUGCUGCCAUUUUUUACCUUGCAAUGAAAAAGAAAGCUGUGAUUUGGGGAUUAUAUAGAUCCCGAAAAGAUUCCAAGAUGACACAGUUUUUUGGACACAAUUUUGAGGAUGAGAGAUGGCGUAAAGCAGCUUUAAAGAAUGCUUUUUCUUUGUUAGGAAAACAAAGAUUUGAACAUUCGGCAGCAUUUUUUCUUUUAGCUGGUUGCCUCAGAGAUGCAAUUGAGGUAUGUCUUGAGAAACUGAAUGACAUUCAGUUGGCUCUUGUAAUAGCAAGACUCUAUGAGUCUGAAUUUGAUACAUCUGCAACAUAUAAAUCUAUUUUAUGUAAAAAAGUUUUGGGAAUUGAUUCUCCUGUCAGUGAACUCAAUUUGUUGAAUAUAAAUAUGCAUUAUGAUCCUUUUCUUCGGAGUAUGGCAUAUUGGAUUUUAGAAGAUUAUAGUAGUGCUCUGGAAACAUUAAUAAAGCAACCUAUCAGAGAGGAUGAUGAUCAAGUCAUGAUGUCAGCCUGCAAUCCUGCCGUUUUUAAUUUCUACAAUUAUCUAAGAACACAUCCUCUUUUGCUGAGACGUCAUUUUGGAUCAUCUGAUGCGUUUUCCGCACACAUGAGUUUAACAGGAAAAAGUGGACUGGCAGGAACAAUUAAUUUAAGUGAAAGAAGAUUAUUUUUUACUACUGCCAGUGCUCACUUAAAAGCUGGCUGCCCUAUGUUGGCUUUGGAAGUAUUAUCAAAGAUGCCAAAAGUCAUCAAAAAAAUGAAACGUUUUUGUAGAACAUCUAGUUUUCUGGAUACUAGUAAAGUCUGUUCUCCUUCUUCUCCGUUCAAAUUGGAUGCAAGGGAAGAUAAGUCUUCUGCUAUUGAUUGGUCACAGUCACUGAUGAAUGGUUUUGGAUCUUCUUCAGAGGGUUCCUCAGAGAAGCAGUCAAACUCCACUCUUUCUUUUGACUGGAGCCAACCAAGUAUUGUAUUUCAGGAUGACUCUUUAGAAUUAAAAUGGGACAGUGAUAACGAUGAAGAAACUGAGGAUCUCCCUGUUUCAAUGAAAGAACUAAAACCUUUACAGAGAAAAGUAGGGAAAAAAAUAGAUGAAACAAGUUCUAAGUACACAGACUCUCUCAGCACACUAGAUGAAAAUGACAUUUUAAAUCCAUCAGAAGAUAUCAUUGCAGUUCAAUUAAAAUUUAGAGCAUGUUUAAAGAUUCUCACGGUAGAACUUCGUACUUUAUCUACUGGAUAUGAAAUAGAUGGUGGAAAAUUGCGAUACCAGCUGUACCACUGGCUUGAAAAAGAGGUGAUAGCCCUUCAGAGAACUUGUGACUAUUGUUCAGAUCCUGAAGAAUUACAGUCUGCAUUUGGCAAAAAUGGAGAUGCAUUUGGAUUAAAUGAAGAUGCUGAAGAUUUGCUUCAUCAAACAAAAGUGAAACAACUGAGAGAAAAUUUUCAGGAAAAAAGACAGUGGCUUUUGAAGUAUCAGUCACUCUUGAGGAUGUUUCUUAGUUACUGCAUACUGCAUGGAUCCCAUGGUGGGGGUCUUGCGUCUGUGAGAAUGGAAUUGAUUUUGCUUUUACAAGAAUCUCAGCAGGAAACAGCAGAACCAAUAUUUCCUAGCCCUCUUUCAGAACAAACCUCAGUACCUCUCCUCUUUGCUUGUACAGCCAGUGCCAAAACAGUAGUUGCCAAUCCGUUAUUGCAUCUUAGUAAUCUAACACAUGAUAUUCUGCAUGCCAUAAUAAACUUUGAUUCACCACCCCAUCCUGAUAUCCAAAGCAAUAAAGUAUAUGUAAUGCAUACUUUAGCAGCUUCACUUUCUGCUUGUAUUUAUCAGUGCCUUUGUGGUAGUCAUAACUACAGUUCAUUUCAAACAAAUCAGUUUACUGGAAUGGUGUAUCAGACAGUACUGCUUCCCCACCGACAUUCUUUGAAAACAGGAAGCUUGGAUGAAGCCAUAACUCCCAAUAUAUCACCAGCUCAGUGGCCAGGAAUAACUUCUCUAAUUCGACUUUUGAAUUCUUCUGGGGAGGAAGCCCAGUCAGGGCUUACAGUCUUGCUCUGUGAGAUUCUCACAGCAGUGUAUCUUAGUCUCUUCAUCCAUGGCUUGGCAACACAUUCUAGUAACGAACUGUUUCGGAUUGUGGCCCACCCUCUAAAUGAAAAAAUGUGGUCUGCUGUAUUUGGUGGAGGUGCACAUGUUCCCAGCAAAGAACAGACACGCUCAAAAGCUUUACCUGGAAGGUACUUUGCUAUGCCUAGCCCCCACCAGGUAGUGGUAUUCUCCAUGGAAUGUGUGGGCUUUUCCAAAGCUCUUUCAACCAUCAGUUCUUAUAGCCCUCCCAGUCUUGCAGUGGAAGAAGGAGAGAAACAGAGCAAACGUUUUAGGCCAUCAAAAAUAUCUUGCAGAGAAUCUGCCUCAUUGACCUCUUCCUCACCACAAGUAAGCCAGGAGUCACUGAUAGUUAAAGAGAAGUUCAUUCCACCUGAGCUCAGUAUCUGGGACUAUUUCAUUGCCAAGCCUUUUCUACCUGCUUCUCAAAGUAGAGCAGAAUAUGAUUCAGAGGAGAGUCUGGAAAGUGAUGACGAAGAUGAAGAUGUUUUAGCUUCAGAUUUCCAUCUCCAAGAGCAUUCUAAUUCAAAUUCAUAUAGUUGGUCAUUGAUGCGUUUGGCAAUGGUGCAGUUGGUGCUCAGCAAUUUGAAGACUUUCUAUCCCUUUGCAGGUCAUGAUCUUGCAGAGCUUCCAGUUAGUUCACCACUUUGUCACGCUGUUCUAAAAACUCUUCAGUGUUGGGAGCAAGUUCUUCUCCGACGACUUGAAAUCCAUGGGGGGCCACCUCAAAACUAUAUCGCAAGUCAUACCUCUGAAGAGAGUGUGUCUGCAGGUCCUGCAAUUCUCCGCCACAAAGCUUUGCUGGAACCUACAAACACUCCUUUCAAAUCUAAACACCAUCUGUCACUGUCUGUGAAGAGACUUUGGCAGUACUUGGUGAAGCGGGAAGAAAUUCAAGAAACCUUUAUCAGAAAUAUAUUCACAAAGAAAAGGUGUCUAAAUGAGUCAUUAGAGGACAGCUGUGAAACCAUCAAAAAUUCUAUGAUGGAGGAGCCAAACAUCAAUAAGAUAGAAGCAGAAUCGGGAUAUCCUGGAGGUAAAGCAAGAAUUAUUCAUAAGGAAUCUGAUAUCAUUACUGCCUUUGCUGUUAACAAAGCAAAUAGAAACUGCAUAGCAAUUGCUUCAAGCCAUGAUGUUCAAGAACUAGAUGUUUCUGGAAUUCUGGCUACACAGAUCUAUACUUGGGUAGAUGAUGAUAUAGAAAUGGAAACCAAAGGGUCAGAAGAUUUCUUGGUUAUACAUGCUCGUGAUGAUUUAACAGCUGUGCAGGGUACAACCCCAUACACACAUAGCAAUCCUGGUACUCCAAUAAACAUGCCAUGGCUUGGUAGUACACAGACUGGCAGAGGAGCAUCAGUGAUGAUUAAGAAAGCCAUUAAUAAUGUCAGAAGAAUGACUUCUCAUCCAACUCUUCCUUACUAUCUGACAGGAGCUCAAGAUGGAAGUGUGAGAAUGUUCGAAUGGGGCCAUUCUCAACAAAUAACCUGUUUCCGAUCUGGUGGCAAUUCAAGAGUUACAAGAAUGAGAUUUAACUAUCAAGGAAAUAAGUUUGGAAUAGUUGAUGCUGAUGGAUAUUUAAGUUUGUAUCAAACAAACUGGAAAUGUUGUCCAGUUACUGGAAGUAUGCCUAAGCCAUACCUGACUUGGCAGUGUCAUAACAAAACAGCCAAUGAUUUUGUCUUCGUUAGUUCCUCCUCUCUGAUAGCUACAGCUGGUCUUUCAACUGACAAUAGAAACAUAUGUUUGUGGGACACUCUUGUAGCACCUGCCAAUAGUUUAGUCCAUGCUUUUACUUGUCAUGAUAGCGGAGCCACUGUUUUAGCAUAUGCUCCAAAACAUCAGCUACUAAUAUCAGGUGGCAGAAAAGGCUAUACAUGUGUUUUUGACCUUCGGCUACGACAGCAGAGGCAGCUUUUCCAGAGCCAUGAUUCUCCUGUUAAAGCCAUUGCUAUUGAUCCAACUGAAGAGUACUUUGUUACAGGAUCUGCUGAAGGCAACAUAAAGAUUUGGAGUCUCUCUACCUUUAGUCUUCUCCACACUUUUAUCAAUGAACAUGCUCGGCAAUCCAUUUUCAGAAAUAUUGGAACCGGAGUGAUGCAAAUUGAGACAGGGCCUGCAAAUCACAUUUUUUCAUGUGGAGCUGAUGGAACAAUGAAAAUGAGAAUACUGCCGGAUCAGUUUAGCCCAUUAAAUGAAGUGUUGAAAAAUAAUGUGAAAUUUAUGCUGUAACAUUUUAACAAUAAGAUGUAUAAUUUAUUACCUAUUCCAUGAAGUGGCCAACACAUAUGAUGUACAGUGAUCAGUCUCUAUGCCACAAAUAAGCUAAUGCUUUCUUGUUUUCAUAUUUAUUUUAUGGAGCUUUGCCCUUGAUGCACUGAUGCCUUAAAAAUUAAUAAGGUCAUUCAAAAUUAGACUACAUUGCCUAAAGUAGAAUGUAUAAGUAAUGCUGUAAUAAUACAUAUUUAUAGUAUAGUGAGUAUAUCAUAAUGUUAAAGGAGUUUUUUUUUCUUGUUGUUGAUAAAUUCUUCUGCAGAUAUCUCUGCGUGAAUUUGUUUCACAGUAAAAAUACCCUUUAGGUAAAGGCAGUUGCACAUCAGUCAUCACUUAAUUCACCACACUCUCACUGCCUUUUUCAAACUUACACAUCUCUCACACUCCUCUCUUAAUUAAUGAUAGAUUGAUAUUUGGGUAAGAAUCAAAAAAUAAUGAACAUCUCCAUUAACACUGUCUUUGGGACUUUAGUAACAGGUGAGCCAAAUGCCUUGUUAUGUAAAGUUUUCAUCAGUUUCCCCUCUGGAGUCCAAGUUGUGUGUGUGUGGUCUUGUAUAUAUAUGUAAUGUAUCUUAUACAUCUUAUUUGAACUGUGUGUGUGUGUGUAUAUGUAUAUAUGUGUGUGUGUGUGUGUGUGUGUAUAUAUAUAUAUAUAUGAAACCUACAAGUCUUUUCAUUUGUUUUUGUGCCAUAACAACUACUGCCACCAGAAUAACAACUUUUUCUGCAACUGUUUUUUUCACUUUUUUUUUUUUUAAUUUUUGUAUUCCCAUCCUAAUUUUCAAAUAAAUUUCAGGAAAACUUCCAAGAUUAUUAUUUUAAAGAUUACAUUGAGUCAGAUAAGACUUAGCAGGCAAUAAUGAUUCUGUGUUGGCAUAUAUGAGAUACUUAAGCUUAUAAAUUUGUCAAAGGAUUUUUAGGCACCAUACAUUUUACUUAAAUUUUAUUUUAUUUCUUAUUUUUUAGGUGCUUUUAGUCUCAAAGUUCUGAAAACCUUAUAGCAGUGUUUUUAGAAACAAAUGUGAAAACAGUCAAAUUAAAUAGAUAAUAUUUACAAAUGUAAAAUACCUGCCAGAUCUACCAUUAAAAGAUAAUAAACUAAGCCUUAUAUUUUAUUAUUUUUUGCCAAAAUAUAUUAUUUUAUUAUAAAAUAUGACCAAAAUAUUAAAAAUGCACAAUGCUUUUAACUUAAAUGUGCUAACCCUGUUUCUGUCUGUUUUGUGCUAUACCUUUUCUGAUUCAGAAUUAUAGAAAACUUGAUAAUACUUGAUUUUAACCAAGAAGACUGGAGGCAGAUGGGACUAAGUGUUUAAGGGACAAUUAUAUACUAUUUAGCUUAAAUAUAUUUUAAUAGGAAUAUUAAUAGAACAUUUUUAUGUAACAAAAUAUGGAAAGCUAUUAUCUUGGAAACUGUAGAGUCAAAUGAAGCAAAGAAAUGAAGGGCUGGUAAAAUGAAUUUUGUAUUAUCCUCAGGAUACUUUUAAAAGUAUAUUGUUAAAAGAUUUUGUAAAUUGUAUUCAUAAUUUUAAAUGUGUUGAGCAAGUUGCAGUGAAGACACUGUUAUUAUGUAGAGAGUUUAUGUGCACAUAAUAACCUGUACCUAUAAAUUGUGCAAUAACGAUAUGUGACUAUUUUGCCAUGGAGAAAUCUGUGACAACAUUGCAAACAAUACUAUUGUUUGAUGUAGUUAAUAUUAAGUUAUUCCUCAGUAAUUUCUUCAUGAAUCAAGAUUCAAAAGGCUUUAAACACUUUCAGUGAGAUAGAAAAUGUAUUAUUAAGCUUACUAGGAAAAAGACAUUGUGGAUGAAGAAUUAAGCAUUUUAAUUGAGGGUUUAUAUGAAUAAUAAAUUAUGUAAGCCCAUAUGUAUUUACAUCCAGAGUCAUAAUAUUUUAAAUAAACAAUCAUGCAGUAACUAUUUUUAGCAUGCUAUUGUUUUAAGUAGUAUUUAUGCCACUUGACUUGAGUGUAUGUGACAUUUUAAAUUGGAGAACUUCUGUAUUUGUAUUUGGUUAAUGUAGGAAGAAUUGCAUAAUUUUCCCAGAUAUCCUGUUCUUCCUUUGCUGUAGUCUUUAACUUAAUGAAUAAGCAUUAUUCAAAAAAGGUGAGAAUAAAAGUAGUUGGAAUGUAUGUUUAAGUAUAAAAUGAUAUACAUAUAUGUAAAAUUUCAUCCACACUAAUGAAGUGGAUACAUCAAAAUUUUUUAAAUUGUGUGCUUUCUGAGAAUGAGGCUUUGUAAUAAUGGAAGAAUUCACAACAUUGUGAGUCUCAUUUUCUAAAAUGUAGGAUUUUUCUUAUGUAGAAUCAUGGGACAGUCAAUUCCAUCCUCCUUUCUUGCUCUCUCUGUCUUGCCCCAAUUCAUUUCGUUU